AUGCGACUGCUCCUGCUGCUGCUGCUGCUGCUGUCCCCGGUGCCCGCAUCCGCGGCUCCCCAGAUGAGGCGGCAGAGUGACACCUGGGGCUCCUGGGGCCCGUGGAGCCCCUGCAGCCGGACCUGCGGAGGGGGCAUCAGCUUCAAGGAGCGUCCCUGCUACUCCCAGAGGAGAGACGGAGGCUCCAGCUGCGUGGGCCCCGCCCGGAGCCACCGCUCUUGCCGCACCGAGAGCUGCCCGGAGGGCGCGCGGGACUUCCGAGCCGAGCAGUGCGCCGACUUCGACGGCGAGGCCUUCCAGGGCCGGCGCUACCGGUGGCUGCCCUACUACGGCGCCCCAAACAAGUGUGAGCUGAACUGCAUCCCCAAAGGGGAGAACUUCUACUACAAGCAUAGAGAGGCUGUGGUGGACGGGACACCCUGCGAGCCUGGCAGCCGGGACGUCUGUGUGGAUGGCAGCUGUCGUGUUGUUGGCUGUGACCAUGAGCUAGACUCAUCCAAGCGGGAGGACAAGUGUCUGCAGUGUGGGGGUGACGGCACGACCUGCUUCCCCGUCACAGGCACCUUUGAUGCCAAUGACCUCAGCAGAGCGGUGAAGAAUGUUCAAGGAGAGUACUACCUCAAUGGGCACUGGACCAUCGAGGCUGCCAGGGCCUUGCCUGCGGCCAGCACCCUCCUGCAGUAUGAGCGGGGUGCUGAGGGGGACCUGGCUCCUGAGCGGCUGCAUGCCCGGGGUCCCACCUCAGAGCCCCUGGUCAUCGAGCUCCUCAGCCAGGAGCCCAACCCCGGUGUGCACUAUGAGUACUACCUGCCCCUGCGCUGGCCGGGCCCUGGCCCCGGCCCCAGCUGGAGCCACAGUUCCUGGAAUGACUGCAGUGCUGAGUGUGGUGAAGGUCACCAGUCCCGCCUGGUGUUCUGCAGCAUUGAUGGCGAGGCCUAUCCUGACCACAUGUGCCAGCACCAGCCACGGCCAGCUGAUCGCCGUUCCUGCAACCCUCACCCAUGCCCGCAGACCAAGCGCUGGAAGACAGGGCCGUGGAUGCCCUGCUCAGCCUCCUGUGGGGGCGGCUCCCAGGCUCGCUCUGUCUACUGUGUCUCUUCCACUGGGGCUGGUGACCAGGAGGCCACUGAGGAGGCUGAGUGCGCCAGCCUGCCUGAGAAGCCCCCUGCUACACGGGCUUGCAACUUGUGGCGCUGCGCGGCCUGGAGCCCGGAGCCCUGGGGAGAGUGUUCUGUCAGCUGCGGUGCUGGCAUCCGAAGGCGGAAUGUCACUUGCCAAGGUGAUGAGGGGUCUCUGCUCCAUGCCACAGCAUGCUCCUUGGAGGACCAGCCCACUCUCACUGAACCCUGUGUAGGUGAGGACUGUCCUGUCCUCACUGGCCAGGCCUGGCGUGUUGGUGCCUGGGGACUGUGCUCCAAGAGCUGCAGCUCGGGCACUCGGAGGCGACAGGUCGUCUGUGCCAUCGGGCCGCCUAGCCACUGUGGAAGCCUGCAGCACUCACGGCCUGUGGACCUGGAGCCCUGUAACACACAGCCCUGCCAUCUGCCCCAGGAGGUCCCCAGCAUGCAGGACGUGACCCCACACAGGAAUCCUUGGAUGCCUGUGGGCCCUCAGGAGCCCCUUACCUCAGACUCCAGAGACCAGUGGGGGGCAGCGUGGAAGCACCCCUCAGCCCAGGGUGAACCCAGGGGAGAUCGGGGUUCCCCCCUGUCAGCCCUGGGCCCGGCCCCUGCUCUGCAUCAGUCCCUGCUCCAGCAACACCCCCAGUCUGGUUCGGGGCCCCGUGACUGCAGACGCAGUCCCCAUGGGUGCUGCCCCGAUGGCCACACAGCGUCUCUUGGGCCCCAAUGGCAAGGCUGCCCUGGGGCCUCAUGUCAGCAGAGCAGGUACGGGUGCUGCCCAGAUGGUGUGUCUGUUGCUGAGGGGCCCCUUCACGCUGGCUGCACAAGGUCUUACGGCGGUGACAGCUCUUCCCAACUUCCCAAUCCUGGGAUUCUUCCCCAGGUCCCCAACACUCACCGUCCCCAGGCCCAGCAGAACGAGCCCAGUGAGUGCCGGGGCUCCCAGUUUGGCUGUUGCUAUGAUAACGUGGCCUCUGCAGCUGGCCCUCUUGGGGAAGGCUGUGUGGGCCAGCCCAGCUCUGCCUACCCUGUGCGGUGCCUGCUACCCAGUGCCCACGGUUCCUGCGCAGACUGGGCCGCCCGCUGGUAUUUCAUUGCCACUGUGGGCCGGUGUAACCGCUUCUGGUACGGCGGCUGCCACGGUAAUGCCAACAACUUUGCCUCAGAGCAGGAGUGCAUGAGCAGCUGCCGUGCUGGGCCUGGGGCCUCUGGCCAGAGCACCCACACAGAGGGUGGUGGCACCAGUCCUCGUGGCCAGCAGGAGCUUAGCUGGCAGGGGACAGGGACUACAGUCCAGAGAAGCCCCUUGCUUUCUGGUAGCCCCUGGUGGCAAGACCAAGAGCCUAGGCCAGGGCCCCCCCCCAACCCCCCUUUUGGAGAACAGCUGUGGGGACAGGACCGGGAUGCUGUACCGCCAGCGCCACCCUCGCACAGCUCUUCCUACAGGAUUAGUUUGACAAGCUCAGAGCCCUCCCUGGUGCAGGCAGCCCUGGGACAAUUAGUGCGGCUCUUCUGUCCAGAGAACACCUCCCCAGAACCUCAGACUGGGUGGCAGAAAGAUGGCCAACUCAUCUCUUCUGACAGGCACAAGCUGCAGUCUGAUGGCUCCCUGGUCAUCAGCCCCCUGCAGGCAGAGGAUGCGGGCACCUACAGUUGUGGCAGCACCAGGCCAGGCUGGGACUCCCAGAAGAUCCAGCUUCGUGUCAUAGAGGGUAACAUGGCUGUGCUGUCUGAGGCUGAGCUGGGGCACUUCCCUCAGACUGGGGACCCAGCCCAGGGCCACAGUCCUCAGGAUUCAGGCCCAGGGAGGGAUGCUGGGGGCCCAGGAGCUAUCUCCUCCUCACACCUGCUGCCCACAACCAGGCUGCGUUUGGACCAGAACCAGGCCAGGGUGGUGGAUGCCAGUCCAGGCCAACGGAUCCGGCUGACCUGCCAUGCUGAAGGCUUCCCACCCCCAGUCAUUGAGUGGCAUAGAGACGGGCAGCCUGUAUCUUCUCCCAGAUACCAGCUACAGCCUGAUGGCUCUCUGGUCAUCAGCCGAGUGGCUGCAGAUGAUGGUGGCUUCUAUACCUGUGUCGCUUUCAACGGGCAGGACCGAAACCAGCGAUGGGUCCAGCUCCGAGUUCUGGGGGAGCUGAUGAUCACAGGGAUGCACCCUACUGUGACAGUACCAGAGGGGGACACUGCCAGGCUGCUGUGUGUGGUGGCAGGAGAAAGUGUGAAUAUCAGGUGGUCCAGGAAUGGGCUUCCUGUGCAGGCUGAUGGUUACCGUGUCUACCAGUCCCCAGAUGGCACACUACUGAUCCACAACUUGCGGGCUAGGGACGAGGGCUCCUACACCUGCAGCGCCUACCGGGGGAGCCAGUCAGUCAGCCGUAGCACCGAGGUGAAGGUGAUCCCAUCUGCACCUGUCACCCAGCCUGGGGACCCUGGCAGGGAGUGCAUCGAUCAGCCAGAGCUGGCCAAUUGUGGUUUGAUCCUGCAGGCCCAGCUCUGUGGCAAUGAGUAUUAUUCCAGUUUCUGCUGUGCCAGCUGUUCCCGAUUCCAACCUCAUGCUCAGCCCAUCUGGCAGCAAGGAUGAAGGCUCACUCCAACUCCAGUUCCAAGACCAUUCUUACGGCUCAGAAGAAGGGAAGAUGGACUUGCAGCCCCCUCUCUCUGGCUGGCAGUUGUCUUCUGGAGAUACCAGCCUCUUUGAAAACCAGCCAGUGUUUAGCCUCUGCAGUAGCCAGUGCCAGCCUCUGUAGUCCUCUGCAAUAUCUGCAACUCUGACAUACAUAGGCUGCUGCUGAGUUGCCAAGAGAAAUCUGUUUGGGUAAGAACCACCCUUCCUUUAUAGCUUCCCUUUAUAAGGUGUUGCACAGGUU